AUGAUCGCUGCUUUCGACCCCUCGGCACAAACAGCUUACGCCGACAGGUUCGAGCCUGGUUUAACAUCAGGACAGAGAGUGGUCUACAACGCAGUAGUCGACGCUGUUCGGAACAAUCAGCCUCAGCCUUUCAUGAUUGACGCCCCUGCUGGUACCGGCAAAUCCCACACCGAGAAAGUUAUCGCUGCUCGAUUAAGAGAAGGUUUUACAGCAGUGUUAAUAGUCGCCUCCACCGGCAUCGCAGCACUUCAACUUCCUGGCGGUUGGACCGCUCACUCAAUGUUCAAACUCCCCCUCAAUGAAAAACUUGUCGAUGGAGCCUUCUGCGACAUAAAGAGCGAGUCACAACGUGCCGAACUCAUUCGAAAACGUACCUUUAUUAUUUUCGACGAGCUACCCAUGACACACCGCUGCUGUAUAGAGACUCUGGAGCGGACUUUGCGAGACAUCAGACGCUCCGAAGCUUUGUACGGUGGCAUCACCAUUUGCUUCUCAGGCGACUGGCGCCAGUGUGGCCCUGUUGCGCCCUUCGCUACCCCCGCUGAAACAACAGUAGAAGCAUCCUUCAUCUCAAGCGACCUAUGGCCAAAGACAAAACGUAUGCGCCUAACAAUGUCCCAAAGAGACGAAGAAGACCCUGCCUACGCUUCCUUCGUCCGGUCCAUCGGCGAAAAGAUACACCCAACAACCACCUUUAGCGACGGUGCCAAACGCGUUCCGCUAUCAAACACCCAUGAUACCUCCACCACGGACCACUUCUCUUUGCAGUACACCACAGAUUUCAACGACUUGAUCAACUUCGUUUACCCUGAUAUCCAUGAAGACGCUCGCCACCUUAAUGACCGCGCUAUCCUAGCAACCACCAACAUUUCCAUCGACUCAUGCAACGACGCCAUAUCUUCCAGACGCCAUGGCGACAACGUUACCUUCCACAGCUCUGACAGACUCAUAAAAGAUCAUAACAACCCAGCAUCAUCCACCGCCUUCCGCUCAACUGAACAUCUCAAUAACAUUGACACCCCCGGCGUUCCUCCCCAUCAGUUGCAAAUCAAAUCGGAUGCUCUGGCAAUGUUGAUCAGGAAUUUAAUUUUUUCCGAGGGCCUCGUCAACGGCCAAAAGGUUGUCAUUCGGGGAGUAUCCCCAAACUCUCGCGUAGUCCGAGUGGAACUAUCAAGUGAUCACUCCAUCGUCCUCAUCCUUCGUACUUCGUUCCACGCUCAAGUAGGAAGAAAUGGCAUUACCUUUAACCGUGUUCAGUUCCCUUUGAGAAUAGCAUAUUCUCUAACAAUAAACAACAGCCAGGGUCAAACUUUGUCUCGUAUUGGUCUAGACUUAGUUGCGUUACGACUGCUUCUCUCACGGACAGCUCCAUGUCGCUCUUAG